ACUGUCAUGGCGCCGCGCACCACCGCCAGCCAAGCGGCUUACCUCCAACUACUCCCUCGCGGUGUUUAACGCGUUCCUCGCGAUUUUUCUUCCGAGAAAUUCGCCGGCUUCGCGACGAUCAACGACGCAAGGGGGUGAAUCGGCGUCGAACGAUCCGAGGGCACCGCGAGAGGGUCUUGCCUCGAAACGCGUCGAUCGGGGAGCGCGCGGUCAUCCGGCGCGACCGAUUCGUUACACCGACGUUGCGUGUCGCAGUCGUGGCUCCGCAGCUCUCUCGAGAGGAGCAGCAGCAGCAGUAGCAGCAGCAGCAACGCGAUCGCUGACCCGCGGGGAUCGUCGGAAGAACGCGAGGCACGGAGCGCAGGCUGCCGGAACUAUUAUAAGAACUGGAGCAAACGCCAGUCGCGGUGUUGCGAACGGUGGCUGGAUUUCGUGUUUGAUGCGUCGCGUCGCGAGUUAUCAGUGUCGGUGUCGGAACUGAAGCCUCGAAACGAGAAGAACCGCCUUCGUGCCUAGUAUCGACCUCGAACCUCUGAGAAUUCCAGGGUGCCCGGCCGAGUUCAGUCAGUUCGCGUAACGACGUCGGAUUCCGUGUCCGGUCACGUUGGUGGAUGAUCGAGGUGCCCUAGCGAGCGGCGUCGUUGGGGGAUCCAACGAAAUUCGCGGAACGCGAGGUGAAUCGAUGGUGUACGCGAGAUCGUGACACGAUCAGUCGCUCGUUGGGUGGUAGCACGCACGAUGUCGCGGCGCGAUGCGUCACGUGACUGAGAAGAAUCAGCGGAGGAAAAUACGGGCAGUGUGAGUAGUGCGAGACGAAGGGUUUCACACUGGUGAGGACCUCGCCGGGUCCUGACCAGGUACCGAAGAUCACGCGAAUCAGGCGGAGGUGGCUGCCACGGGUGGACCGCGUUGCCACCUGACUCGUGUAACAGUGACAACGGCCUACCGGGAGUGACAAUGUCCUAGCGAAGGCAGGAGACGCGUGUAAGGCCGAUCCCCCUCGUCCUGUUUCUGUUCUCAUCCAAAAAAAAAAAAACACCUCGAAUCCUCGUUCCGAUCCCCCUUAAACUCCAGACACCGCCGACGAUUGGAUCGACGCGCAAGACGCGAACCAGAUCGCGUUUCUACACGCGCAUACACCGUACAUACAUACACACACACAUACGCGCGUAUAUACACCCGCGCGCACACGUGCAGACUCCUACGAUAUCGCGACCUCGCUCCUCGGGUACACGCAUACUCGCGUACGUCAGACACACACGGGCGCACGCACGUCGGGAGAGAGAGAGCGUGUACAGGUCUGUUCUCCGUCCCAUUUUCCUACGGAUUCCUCCUUUAUUAUGGAAACGCGCGUUCACAUCGAACCUGGCAAGAAACACGAACUCGCGGCCUGUUAACCCGCGUUUACAGAAGUUCGCUGAGAGACGAUCACGCCACACGUACGUGCAACCCCCGACGCACGCAUACAUACGUACAUACAUACAUACGUACAGAGACUGGCGUACAAAAACGGACGCGAGUUUCCCGAAUCCAGCCAAGUCCAAAGUCCUUAAUCCCGUGGGGUGAUCCUGGCCCCACCCGUACGCGAAGGAACCACACCCUGGCCACAGAGAAGGAACUCGGGAUACCCAUUUGCCGGACAAGGCUUCUGGUGAUGAUAGCGGCACGCUGUGGAGGCUAAGGUGGCUGUCGCGGCGGCUGAGGAAGUGGCGAGGUUCGUGAAAAUCGGCGCCGGGAGCGGUCGAUCCGGGCAGCGGUAGUGGUGGCGGAACGGCAGGGGUACUAUGGGAGCGGGGGUAUGGGGGGCGGAGGAGGGCUACAAGCCACGGACCUCCGGCGAAGGCUUGAGUCCCGGUGUUCAGGAAGCACUUUUCCCCAGAGCCCUCGUUCCUUAAGGCACGAUGCCGACUCCCGGGCACAAGGAAACGCCGCUGACCAGGAAGAAAGAGUCGACGUGCAAACGACUCUCGCUUCCGGUCAGCCGACGUGCGCGGGCUCCUCGCGGACGUGCAGACGACAGGACGAGAAGAAGGAUACUUCGAGGUGUUCGAACGGCGUAAUCGGUUCGCUGUAUGGGAAGCUACGGCUCUCCGUUGGGAAACUCGUAGCUGCUGAGGAUGAGGACGCGUUCGAUGGGAAGAGGCAUCGGCUUCGCAGGUGGUGUCGCAGGGACCUUCGGUGGAUCGCGGAUGUGGCGACGAGGACUCUGCUCCUUAGCAUCGUGCUGUUCGUCACGCCAGGUCUCUGCCACCAGGACGCGGUGCACAUUACGGCGAUCCUCGGAGAGAGCGUUGUCUUCAACUGUCACGUAGAGUUCCCCGGUGAGCACCCAGUGCCCUACGUUCUCCAGUGGGACAAGAAGGUAGGCGACUCGGGACAGGAGACACCGAUAUACAUAUGGUACGAGUCGUAUCCGACCCACAGCGGCGAGGGUUACAAAGGCCGAGUCUCGAGGGUGAGCCCGAAUUCGCCGUACGGACUGGCGAGCCUCAAUCUGACCGACAUCCGCGAGAGCGAUCAAGGAUGGUACGAGUGCAAGGUCGACUUCCUCAACAGGUCGCCGAAGAACCUCAAGAACGGCACCUGGUUCCAUCUGGAUGUCCACGUUCCGAGAAAUUCACACGUCGAGGGUAAAAACGAUUGGUUCGUUUCCGCAGCGCCACCGAAAUUUAGCAUCACGCCGGAGGAGAUGAUCUACGUGAACGUCGGCGACGCGAUUAUAUUGAACUGUCAGGCGGAGGGUACGCCGACGCCAGAGAUACUGUGGUACAAGGACGCGAACCCGGUCGAGCCGUCCAGCACCAUCGGGAUAUUCAACGACGGCACCGAACUAAGGAUCUCGACGAUUAAGAACGAGGACAUCGGCGAUUACACCUGCAUCGCGCGCAACGGCGAGGGCCAGAUCAGUCACACUGCACGCGUCAUCAUCGCUGGCGGUGCGGUGAUCACGGUGCCACCGACGAACCAAACGAAGUUGGAGGGCGAAAAGGUGCAAUUUUCAUGCGAGGCGAAGGCUCUGCCCGGCAACGUGACCGUUCGCUGGUUCCGCGAGGGCGCCCCGGUGACGGAGGUCUCCGCGUUGGACACGAGAGUGUCGAUCAAGGCCGACGGCAGCCUCGUGAUCAAUCCUGUAAGCGCCGACGACUCCGGGCAGUACCUAUGCGAGGUGACGAACGGCAUCGGCGAUCCCCAAAGUGCCAGCGCUUACCUCAACGUAGAAUAUCCGGCGAAGGUGACGUUUACCCCGACGGUGCAGUAUCUGCCGUUUCGUUUGGCUGGCGUGGUCCACUGCUACAUAAAGGCGAACCCGACUCUGCAAUACGUGACCUGGACGAAGGACAAGAGGCUGCUGGAACCGUACCAGACGAAGGACAUCGUCGUGAUGAACAACGGCUCGUUGCUGUUUAUGCGAGUGAAUGAGAACCACCAGGGCCGGUACACCUGCACGCCUUAUAACGCGCAGGGGACGCAGGGCAGUUCCGGACCGAUGGAAGUGCUCGUGCGGAAUCCGCCCGUGUUCACCCUCGAACCGGAACCGAUUUACCAGAAGAAGGUGGGCGAGGCCGUAGAGAUGCACUGCGACGCGCAGGAAGCCGAAGGAACCCAGAAGCCGACGAUACAAUGGCACAGGAGGGACGGCUCGUCUAUUCCACGCAACCGGGCCAAGAUCAUCGGUGGCAAUUUAACGAUCGAGAGCCUGCGUCGAUCGGACUUUGGUUUUUAUCAAUGCGUCGCGUCGAACGAGGUGGCCACGAUCUUGGCCUCUACGCAACUGAUCGUCGAGGGCACGCAGCCACACGCGCCCUACAACGUAACCGGGACCGCGACCGAGUUCUCUGUAACGUUGAGCUGGCUGCCGGGUUACUCCGGGGGACCUGAUUACAAGCAGGAUUACACUAUCUGGUAUAGGGAAUCGGGAACGUCGGAAUGGAAGAUGAUCCCGGUGACACCGUCUGGUAGCACGUCGGUAACGAUCAACAGUCUGACGCCAGGUAUGCUGUACGAGUUCCAGGUGAUCGGGAAGAACGCCCUGGGCGAUGGGAUGCUGAGCAAACUCAUUACAAUCAGGACGCUCGACGUGGCACUGACUCACUCAGCGACGCCAUCCUCGAGCGCCGGUCAAGCUGCAGCCACGGAUGAAAGCGACGUCUCAGAUCAUAAUAUCGCCACGUUACCGGCCGAUACCACCGGCAAUGCGUUCCCAAAAGGACCAAAGCCAGGUCCUCCCAAGAAUCUGACGGUGACAGAGGUCAGCAACGGUUUCCUGAUAUCUUGGGAAGCCCCCACGGAGCGUAAUCACCUGAUCCAGUACUACACCAUCAAGUACAAGACGGACGGACCCUGGAAAAAGCUCAACAAGGGACAAAUCCGACCCGAGGAAACCAGCUAUUUGGUGAAGAAUCUGGUCGGCGGUAGGACCUAUUAUUUCCAAGUGUUUGCCAACUCGGCGACCAACUACGGCGCCAGCGACCAGGUGAAGUUUCCGGUGCCGGCCCGGGUGAAGCACAAGGCGAUCACCGCGGGCGUCGUCGGUGGUAUACUGUUCUUCAUCGUCGCGAUCAUCCUCAGCAUAUGCGCGGUGAAGAUUUGCAAUAAGCGGAAAAGACGAAAACAGGAGAAAGAACUGCUUUCAGCGUAUAGUAUGGUGGCCUGCCGGGUCACCGAUGCCAGGAACGGCGCAGGGCAGGGGCCCCAGGGAACAGUGCCUUUGAAAAAAUCUAGAAAAAGCCGAGUACCAGGUUUGAAUCUCCUGCGGGAGAUCCUGAGCCCGGACACGCCGGACUCGUGCCGCGGCCGCCCGCUGGGUAAGAUCUCCCGCGCGGCCGACGGCCGCUUCGUGGUGGCCGACUCGGUGCUCAGCUCAGCGAACAACAGCAUCCUGGACGCGUCGAGCAGCGACGACGGCGGGUUCCUGCCAAAGCAGCGGCUGAAAUCAUCUUGGCGUCGUCCACUCGUCGGCACCAGUCAGCUGAGCCUCAGGUCCGACGGCAGCGGCGUCUCGAUCGGCGUUCUACCGUCCAUUCAUCACCACGGGACGGUGAAUUCGCUGGCAAGGAUCGCGCCGGCGGUCUGCACGAUCUCGUCGCCGAGAUUUCUGGCCAGUUCGCCGAGCGGUCACCAGGUCCCAUGGACACCCCUGUACUUCAGCGAUCUCAGCUCGGUCAGGCAACCGUCCUCGGGGGAACGCUCGUUCCCGACACCGCCCGACUACCUCCAGCUUCGCAACGUGCACCAACGAUACAGCCAGGAGCUGCCCUCGUUGAAGGCGAUCCACGCGGAAUCGAGAAGGUUCGUGCCGGUGCAGCCGCUGGCCACGUCCUCGCCGCCUCAGCCUGCCGGUAGGCCGAGGGCGAGGCUGCCCCCGAGGCACGCGAGACACGCGAGGUCUGCUCCGGAGCUGGCCGCCUCUCCGGACCUGGAGACCUCGCCGGAGAGCAGGUCCAGCAGUUCGGGGUUUGGCAGCAAGAACACCUCGCAGCAGAACCAGAGCUCGAGGAGCGGUAGCACCGUGGCUGAGUGGAGGCCACCGCCUUACAGGCCACCGCCGCCGCCCUUGGUCGGCCGGUGGCUCGAGCUCCAGGACCAAGCGAAGGUCGGGCACACGCACAUCCAGAACGCCGUGGACGCGGGCAGCGUCGACGACCAUUACGAGUUCGAUCCUGUCUCCUGCACGCCGACGCCUACGUCCGCGUCGACGCCGACGAGGGAGGAGCGUCCCCCGGUGCAUCAGAUCCACACGAUACACGUGCCGCAUAUUCACCAGGUGCACACGGUCCACCACCAGACGGCGAGGUACAGCAGGGACAAUAUCGAAGCCAGGGUGCAAGCGAUGAAGGCCGAGUUCCAUCAGUUCCGGCAACGGCAAGCGAGGCGAAGGCAAAGCGCGCAUCUCGAGAGCGCUUGUUGACGGCACUGUUUCACUAGCACUAAGCAGUCAUCAUCGGUUUCACGUAUUAUAGUUCGAUCAUCGGAUAACCGCCACGGUUUCGUCGCUUCCUCGCCUUACGAGAAAAUCGCGCGAGGGCACGGACCAAAAUUAACGAUGAGACGAGACGGAGUCGAACACGGAGGACGGGGGAGCGUACGGAAUCCCGGCGAAUCCCGGCUGUGACGAAAGUUAUUGCGAAUUCCAAGUCGCCGUGAUCAUCAUCGGAGACCAACUGUUAAAUGCACAACGAGGAUCAUAAGCUCGCGAUUCCGGUUUAGGCAACUUCAAGUCAAUUCUAUCAGCUGGGCAACCAUCCGUAUAAUUAAAGGCUGUAACAGGCGUCAGCUCAGGAUACAUAAAUUUCGCCAACGCGAACGACUAACGUAGUAGGACCGUACGUUAAGAGAAUAAAAAUGUAUGAACACUACGCUCGGAGUCUGAUGCGGAUCACGAGUCGAGCUCUUCUAAAAGCGGGAUUCAGGAAUGUUUAACGAGAAGAUCCAGGGAACGGGAGAAGGGUUCGACGAUCAUUAUUCUCCAUAUCUAACGACGCCUACGUCCAAUGCGGCGGACCGCGAUUUUUAGCGUUACUAAAUAUUAUCGGGUAGAUCAGAAGUCAGGGAAACGAGAAACCGGAAAUGAAUCGAAAUAUUAUUCCCGAACGACACGGAUGGUAACGAUCGACGCAGGCUCGUGAGAGAAGGUUUUACGAUACCGACGGCAUGAUACUUCCAAAGAAACUGUACCGUGCUCCGUACGUCUUUUAAAUAAUCAGAUGAAAAAAGAAAACGACACGUAAGUUUAUCGUUAACCGUACGCUGUAAGUAACAAUUAAUGAAAAACAUAAAAAUGAAGCAAAAAAAAUAAAGGCGGAUUCAGAAGCCGAGAGAACAGACAAGAGAACACACGUGUAAGAUAAAUCGGAGAAUUACCAGAGCACACACAAACACACAUACACACGUUCGUACAUACAUAACAGACACAUGCACACGUACACACAGACACUCGAGAAACUAAGGGAUAAAAAUAAAAAAAAAUGAAUAAGUAAAUAAAUAAAAUAAAGUUAAUUAUAUCGAUGAGCAAUGGACUCGAAACGUGAUAUUAGGCCGAAGCUUGCCUGGAGAUUGCUUAAGGACUCACUCGUACUGCACUGCCUGUUUAGGGUUUCGCUAGCGACCCAACAUAUUAUCGGCACAAUAAUUUUUCUUAAGCAACGUAAAACGAGAAUUUAAGUAACGUUCUUUGAAUCUACCGCGCGGCCACGAGUCACGAACGGCACCCCGAGCACACGCGCGUGCACGCGUUUCAGCGAUUUACACCUACCCCCCCCCCCCCCCGAGAACCCUCACGGCCGGGCACCUUUUGCAACGGCUUUACACGACGCCCGCUCCGGUGUUCUCCCUACGCGGAAGCUCUCCCACCUCGAACUGCCAGCGAACGACUGUACAGCCCCGGGGCCGCCGACGUGCUCCCGAGCCCUGUCCGUUCGUUCCUACGGGAAAGCGUCCGCGGCGAAAGCCGGAGGUGGGCGCAGAACGAAGCGUGCACCCGCGUGACCGGGCCGUCCGUCGCGAUCCGUGCAUUAGAGAAAAAGAAUUGACACACAUACACACACACAUGCGCGCGUACACACUCGUAACAGAGACACAUAGACACACGUAUGCGUAUGAACGUGGACGAAUGCGAGGGAGCGUGCGAGAGGGUGCGAACGAACAAACAAAUGAUGAGAGACACAGGAGACACACCGCGCGAAGCGAGAUGCGUUCUUCGAGACCCACCUAAUUCUCACCAAACGCAUUGUAUUUAAAAAAAUCAUCCUCGAGUCGAGGUCGAAGCUCGUGGACGGCCCACAGAGUGUUCGAGCACAAAUGCAAAUAUAUACAUGUAUAUACAUAUAGAUAUAUAUUUGCAUAUAUAUAUGUAUAUGUAUGAAAUAUGUAUGAAUAUGAUAUAUGAUACGGGCUAAACUUCGAUCGAGUAGAGAACGCGACCUAAUCGAGAAGAGAACGAUAGUGUGUAAAAAUCGUUUCCACGAUCAAUUUUAACGUAUGUAACUUCGAUUAUAACGAGAAAAAAUCCGGAUGCCGCUUUUCCCACUUCCGUUUCCUCCACCAUCGUUUCCAGUCCCUUCCGUUCUGUCAUUCGUUUUGCGUUUCCGAACGCGCCCAGGCACGGACGGCACGAUACAAGCAUUGAGGAAGCAAUCGAAUACUCUCGGCGCCGCGCGAUUCCCCCUCGACGUCUCGGCGUUUUACUUUUUUUAUAGUACAAAACACACUUAUUUAUACGUACGUUAUUAUUAUAUACAUAAUUACAUUAUUACGAUAAAUAUAUAUAAAUAUAUAUAUAUAUAUAUAUAUAAAUAUGAAAAUAAUUAGCAAAGGCCCUACUCACGAUUCAACUAUAACAGGAGACGUGGAAUAGCCGAGCGGGCGCAGAGGAACGGCGACACGCGUACGCUGCUCGAAGGCAGGACGCCCUGUAUAAUUUUCAUUAAGAUUGUAUCCGAAUGCGUGUGCCGCGGGUCGACCGCCAUACAUGUACUUUGCGACUGAUCGCGAGUGUGGCUGUCCGAAUGUGUGCGUGAACGAUAGCGUGAAUGCGCGUGACUGACGAGACGCGGUGAGAAACGAGAGAGAGAAAGAAAAAGAAAGAAAAGAAACCAUAAAAUGCGUAAAACGAUCAAAUCGUGCGAUUAUUUCGCGAGUGGUGAAAGAUACGGAAUACGGAGGCGACGCGAAAGGGAGAGCGAGAGAGAGAAAGAGAGAGAGAGAGUACCAAUAUUCUAAAGUAAUUCUAAUGAUUGAAUUAAUAAUUUGAUAAUUAAUUGAUAUUGUACAUCGUAAACGAUACCGUAGCGUGUAGCGUAUUAAUCAACGAGGAACGAGAACGCGGCGACGAUUAAUUGAAAUUAAUUAACUGAUUAAAAGAGAGGACCGUGGUCGAGCGCGAGAGGGGCACACGCGAUUUUCGAUUCGAUCGUUGAUGUUGUAUCAUAAUUGAAUAAACUGCUCGCCUCGACGAGGGCCCGCGGGGGUCGCGCACGGUCCGCGCGGCAGCGUCGCACAACCGCACUGUCUUUAUUGGAAAUCAGCUUCGUACGAAGGAAACGUGGAAAUCGAUCGAUAAAUCUUUUUAUACGUCGAACGGCCGCGAUCGAUUCGAAUCACCCGUUUCCCUUACGAACGAUCGAGCGGAGGCGGUGCCGCGCGGACGGUCGAAGCGAGGGACAAAAUCGGCGACGCUGACCGGUUUCGUCGUCAGUGGACGUUUCUUCGCUCGCGGCUGGUUCGCCUGUUUACAAACGGCCGAGCGGCGAAACGAGAGGGAAACCAACCAAUCGAUAUAGGCGUAUAAGUAACGUGUAGAUAUAUCAUAGUUAGAUACAACGAUCUCAGAAAGGCGCGCAGAUCGCGGACGAUCGCGUAUCGGAUCGGUAGGAGAGGAUGAGAUUCAUUCGGGGCACCCCGUCGCAUUCCCAGAUGUAUGUAUUUACGGUUGCUGCCUGCGUUUCCCCGAGCGCAAUCGCGCGGCACGUGUUUGCCUCGAAGAAAGUCACAGUGUAAAGAGUCAGAGAUGAUUUAGCAAGGAAUAUAUAUAUAAAUAAAUAUAUAUAUAUACGUGUGUGCGUAUACAGAGAAGUCGAGGGACGAGAGGGAUACGAGAUAGAACGAUGAGAAAAAGGUGAGAGAAAUCUACGGUUUCGCGCGAUCGCGUUGUGUUUCAACUGAAUACAAUUAUGGUUGAAUCGUGAAUAUUUUUGUUCGCGCUCGUCAAUAUUCUUGUUUCCGUGUCAUUUUUCGUUCCCGACAACAGCCUUCUGUCUUCAUCGCCAUCUUCUUUCUAUCUCAUCUUCGACUUUUCUACUACUUAUCUCUAUUUUCUUCUUCUUCUCAUUCUUCUUCUUCUUCUUCUUCUUCUACUACUAUUGUUACUACUAUUCUAUCUACUACCUCGUGUCAUCGUCAUGGCUUUCUUUUCGUUCGCCAAUCAUACGAACCCUUGCAGCGUUAUUUAUUUAGGGGAUUCGAGCGAGUAACGAAACUUGCUCGCGGAAGAAAUUUAUAAUUUAGGCGUUCGCUCUUUACGUACCUGAAAGCCAUCCGGCAUAGCAUAUUUUUCAAAGAGUCGCGAGUGAAAAUUUCGUCUCACCCCUCCGUACGCCAAGCUGCUCCAAGGAGCCUUGACUCAUUAGCCAUUCCAAUCGGUUUUACGUUCGCAAAUAUUAUAUCUAUCCACUUCCGUGCUUUGUUUCCGUGUCUCGGAGUCGCGAUGAUUCAUAAUACCCAACCGUACGCAAACACGAUCCCUCCGUAAAGUUACUUCGCUUAUAAUUAAAGAUUGCAGAAGAUCCAACAGUUCUGAAAUAGAAACGCAGUAAUACAAUGGCUCUCGGGUACUGUCUCUCACCGGCGCUGCAAUUUCUCAUUCCUGUCGUUAGAACUCCGCGCGUCAUAAAUCAGUGAAUUUUCAUUCGACGGAGAGACUGCAAUUAAAUUACUUGAAUACACGAAAUUCGGGAGAAACCGUGCUGGCAGCGAAAGAUCUCCGCGGUCCCAGAGACGACCUAUCGAAGAUCGUCAGACGCCUUCUAUGAUUUUCUUUAUUUAUUCCGUUCGCUUCAAUCGAUCGUUUUGUCGGACGCAUGCUGCAGACACAAUCCUCUUAUCGCAAUGUCUUCUGUACCGCCUGUCCUCGCCUGUUUUCGCUCACACAUACACAUAAACACAUACGCAUACUUUAACAUCGUCGAGCCGCAGACGCGACGCCUAAUCGAAAGAUGGAUAAGAGAGAAAUGAGAAACGACGCGUGUUCCUUUCUUUUGUUACUCCCUCGUUUCUUCAAACCGAGUGCUAACGAUCACCGAAAUUUUUUCACCGUUUUAUUGAUUGUCCUACGAUGCUUUCUCGCGAUCCUCCCAUCCCCACCACCACGAGAACUCCAAAACGUACUAACCUAGGACAAAUUGUAGACAAUUUAUUAUCAAAUAAAAAGUGAAGAAUAAAAGCGACAUUUGAAAGGAAAUAAA